GUUGCUCUUAAAGAGGUUAAGUUGCGUAGCAGGUGCAUAUCCUCUGUCCAUCGCCUUCUUAACCUCCUGCGUGAAGACGACGUGUUGGAUCAGGGCGUUUUCUCCGCAAUGCAGCAUCUCACUGUCUCAAAUAAUUCAUGCGAGGCGCUUUGCUACGAUUUGUGGUUACGACUAAUCAAAAUGAUGGUUUUUCUUGAGAGGUACAUCUCCCCGAAAACAGGUGACAAAUCGACCGUUUUCGCCUUGGAACACCUGGAGAGUUGGCAGGAGGAACUUUUCGAUGGCAAUCACGAAAUCUGGCAGCAAGCUGAUGGGGACAAAUCGCUGCGUGGGCGCCAAAGCUCUGAACUUUGGCGCUCCUGUUUUAAUGACCACCUUCUAACCCAAAUGAAAAAUGAUCAAAAGAGCAGUAAGGUCUGCACUUUUCCAUCGGGAAAGUCAAACCGGAACGUUGGGUUAAACUAUUGCUACGAACCGUUUAACUCAGUAGACGAACGUGCAACAAAUUUGGCGUACAAAGCUAGUGCUAUGGAUACGCUUGAACCCAAUGUGUCCAAUAGACCGAAGCGAAAAGGUCACUUCCAAUUCAUCAGUGACAUCCGAAAUUCCCUGAUGGUAGAUGACCAAAGUUCGACUGUACAAAAUAAAACCUGUGACACCCGUGUUCCAAGGGUUGGUGAUAUUCCUCAACCGAAACCGUCUGGUCCUCUCAAAGUACCGUUGAGGGCUCGUAGCGGUGGCCUUAGCAACUCAAAUAGAACAGAUUCACAUGCGAUUUUUCGGAGUCCUCCAUCUCUUUUGCACUCGGAAGCGCGAAAAGUGAUCGCUCAAAUGUCAACAGGCUCGGACAUUAUCGGAGCUUCUUCUUCAGACCUCAUUUUCCGUGAAAAUGUGCUAGAGGGAAGCACAUCGCUGCGUGUGAAUUCUUACUUAGCGGCGGUCGAGGCUGCUGAGGUGUUUACGGCGCAGCAGCACAGCAACUCAAACGUCGAAAUAUCAACAAAUAAAUUGCGCAAGAGUUGUUCGGAUGAUCAUUUGGUCAAAGUUGCACUGGCUCGCGCUCGGUCACUGGAUGAUGUAAACAGGCCACAGACGGGCAGGACGAUUAGCCUAAGUCAUUCUUUGGCUGAUACUAUAACCUGUCCUUUUGACUCAUCUGAACACGUAAUAAGUGCUUGGGACAAUUAUCAGGCCCCCUGUUAUUCCUUCACAGAGGGUAGUGGUCUGGCUGAGCCGAAAUCCAAGUUGUCAGAAAAUUUUUUUUGGGAGGAUUUGUUUCCUGAUGAAACAGAGGCCCUUGAUUUUGAGCGUCACUUUCAUCAGCCACAAGGAACAACACGUCAAAUUGAUGAGUGGAGUUUUGACGGUCUCUCAGUUACUCCACCUUCAUUCCAAACAUUUGAUGAUGCUGAGCACGGCAACGACGAUGGAACUCGAAGUUCUGACGCUCUUUUGGAGCCUGAUGAUAGGAAUCUCUUUUCUGAUGCCGAGCACGAAAUGCCAAUGCGACACUCUACAAGGCAAGACAAGUGUUUACAAACUGACUUGGAUGACUCAGUCAAUGGUAGUCUCACACCGUCUACGUUUUUAAACAUCUCCCAGGGUGCGCUUUUGCAUGAACCAAACACUACUCACACAUCCGGUUAUGAAUCUGGAACAGACAUGGUUAACUGUUUUUUCCGACGAAAUUCUUUCACUUCCCCGGAUGGUUCAAAUAAGGUCGGCAAACCGGAUGUAUCUGCCUUUCCUACGACCAGGAGCUUUGGUGUACAAACUAUCCGAAACAACCGCUGUAAAACAUCAGAUACUAUUGCGGAGGAGUCUUCUGGAAAUUACUUUUCUGAUUGUCAGCUCUAUUCUAGUGUAAUUACUAAAUCAGAACGAGAUAUAGUCAAGUUGCGUGAUUUCCUUCGGGAAAUUCUCGUUAGUAGUGAAAUGGGUAGUGAGCUUACGCCCACUUUUGCGCAAGGUAAUUCACUAUACUCAUUUCCUAUAGAAGAAUGUGAAAGUCUUCGGGAGGCACUUUUGGAACUGAAGCUGCAGAUGAUACACGGUACUCAUCCAGCAACGCAGAAUGUGCCCGAGCUUUCAGAUUUGGAGUCUCUGUUUGGUGGUUGUCUCGGCGAAAUUCUAGAUCGUACUACGCAAGACAUCCGCUAUCUUGCAGAACAAGCGAACGGAAUUAAAUCUGCAUUUAUCUAUCUAGAAACGCUUACCGAACGGUUACAAACGUCAACUCCUAUUAUCAGAGAUACGGUUCUGAGCAGGGACUUGGAUUCGGAUGAACAAGUAGUCAAGGCCUCCUCCACUUGCGUCCCCAAAUGGGACUCCUUCCCCAAGUUUUUGCAAAAGGACUCAAUCAAAAAUUAUACGUUAGACCGAAAUCGUAGUGAUUAUCAAUGGAAAAGUUCUUCAAUCUUUAUUGUUCCUCCUUUACUUCUCCUUAUCUUUUUGAUUGCAUUACUUUAUAUUAGCGGUGCUGGUCCCGCAAGGGAACAACGCUUUCCCUUCCGGUGUCUAGGUAGUACAUGGCCUGGUUGUCGUGCUAUACGCAUCUACCGAAUCGGCGUCCCCCCUCAGUAA